AUGGUUCGUGUUUGGAUGACGUUGGCACUCUUCCUGUCGGUGACGAUGACGGCGGCGUCCGCCAUGACCGACAAGGCAACGGGCAUCACCUUUGCACCCAAAAAGAACGAUUUAGAGAUAUUUGGCGUCGGGGUCCGCAAAAAGGGACCCAUCAAGGUCUAUUCCGUCGCCAUGUACUGUCAAAAUUCCGUAAAAGAGCAUUUGAAUUUGAUUUCUCGCUCAGCCGACAAAGGAAAGGCAGCGUUCAAGGCUCUCCGACAUGGCGCCCACGAGGCUUCCUCCACAACCUUUUUGCUGCAAAUGAAUUUCAAAGUCGGCGCCGAGAAAAUGGCCUCCGCCAUUGCCGACUCGGUUACGCCACGUUACGCAAACACCGCCGAAGUGGAAUCCCUCAAAUCGCUGAUCUUCAAGGGCGUAGCCGGCAAAGGCGCGGCCACCAAGGGCACGACCUUCGAAUUUGACUGUAGCAAGGAAGGAGUUCACGUCAGCGUCGACGGCAAGUCGCAAGGGAAAGUCGCCUCGGACGGCCUGGGGGCUGCCUUUUGCGAUGUCUAUCUCGACGACAAGUGUGUGAGUCCACCAUUGCGAGAAUCAUGCUUGGAAACGUGCUUCGCUCCUUAA